CGCUCGAUUCGCAGUAUCGAAUUCCGAAAGAGAGACUGCGUGCGUAAAUAUGUCAUCCAUCAUACUUUUAAGGAAAGUUCAGUCCGUAUUUAGAUUAUCUAAGUGUGCGAAAGUUCCACGGACCCCCUCGCGUCCCCAGCGAUCCAUCCUGCAGUGUAUUGCGUAUCGUGCUCUCCAUGUGGACAGUCCUCCCAGUGUGCCAGAGGUCACCACCAGCUAUGUCCACGGCACUUCCUCCAGAUCUUUGCUGUCCCAAACCAUUGGCCAAACCCUGCAGAACACCGCAGAGCGCUGGCCUGACCGCGAGGCUGUGGUCUUCCUGCAGGACGGCAUCCGCAAAACGUUCGCACAGUUCCAACAGGAUGUGGACCAGGCGGCUGCUGGGCUGCUUGCUCUGGGGCUAAAGAGGGGGGACCGGCUCGGGAUGUGGGGGCCGAACAUCUACGAGUGGAUCCUGGUCCAGUUCGCCACAGCCAAGGCCGGCAUCCUACUGGUGUCUUUGAACCCAGCCUAUCAGCUUCAGGAGCUGGAAUAUGCCCUGAAUAAGGUUAAAUGCAAUGCGAUCGUGUGUCCCACGAAGUUCAAGACCCAGAACUACUGUGACAUGCUGAGGCAGCUCUGCCCUGAGGUAGAGACAGCAAUGCCUGGAGGCCUCAAGAGUGCCAGACUGCCCGACCUGCGCAUGGUGAUUGUGACAGACAGCCGGCAGACUGGAAUGUUCCACAUGGACGAUGUGAUGCAGGCGGCAGACAGCCACCAUCGGCAGGAACUGGAUAUCCUGCAGAAGAAACUAUCCUUCGAUGAACCCAUUAACAUCCUGUUCACAUCGGGCACCACAGGGAGGCCAAAAGGUGCUGCUCUGUCCCACCACAACCUCAUCAAUAAUGCCUACUUCGUCGGGAUACGUAUUGGCUAUGCCUGGAGGCGGCAUGUGCGCGCUUGUCUCCCCGUACCCCUGUAUCACUGCUUUGCCUCAGUGGAAGGAGCGCUAACCAUGGCCCAGCAUGGCAUCACCCUAAUUUUCCCCUCAACUGCUUACGACAGCCGGGCCAACCUGGAGGCCAUCCAGAAAGAGAGGUGCACCACUUUAUACGGCACGCCCACCAUGUACAUCGACAUGCUGGGGCAACAUGAACAAGACCUGAACAAGUAUGACCUGUCCUCUCUGGAAACAGGAUACAUGGGUGGCUCUCCCUGUCCACCUGAGGUCAUGAAAAAGGUCAUGACUACCAUGAAUAUGAAGGACGUGGUGAUCGGGUACGGCACCACAGAGAACAGCCCUGCCACAUUUGUUGGGUUCCCGAGAGACGACCUGGAGAAAAAGACAGAGACUGUAGGCUGUAUUAUGAACCAUACUGAGGCGAAGGUGGUGGACCCUAGUACUAGGCAGAUUGUGCCCCUGGGGACAUCAGGAGAGCUGAUGAUCCGGGGAUAUUGUGUGAUGCAGGAGUAUUGGAACGAUCCUGACAAAACACUGGAGUGCAUCUCCAAGGACCGCUGGUACAAGACCGGUGACAUCGCAAGUCUAGACAAGUAUGGAUACUGCCGAAUCGAGGGCAGGAUCAAAGACAUGAUCACCCGAGGAGGAGAGAACAUCUAUCCUGCUGAAAUCGAGCAGUUCCUUCACACCCACCCCAAAGUGCAUGACGUGCAGGUGGUUGGGGUGCGGGAUGAGAGGAUGGGGGAGGAGGUAUGCGUCUGCAUUAAGAUGAAGGAGGGACAGGACUGCACUGCUGAGGAAAUCAAAGCCUACUGCAAGGGCCAGAUCGCCCAUUUCAAAAUCCCACGCUAUGUGACAUUUGUGCAGGACUACCCGCUCACUAUCAAUGGAAAGGUCCAGAAGACCAAGCUGCGUGCAGAGAUGGAGAAGAGCCUGGGAGUAUGAUGGGCCAGUUUGAGUGUGUGGCUGUGUCUCAAUCAGAAGGCAGCUACAGGCAGCAUUUAAAAGCAACAUUUAAAAGCAACAUUUUCACUAUUUUUCACACUUCUCCUUUGUAGGCAUUUUCCAAACCAAAAAUGUAUAAAUAAUUGUCCUUCUAAGGUGCCUUAUUUUGCUUACAUUUGAAGGCAACAUUGAUGUGAAUGCUUAGAUCAAGUUGGAUGUCCCAUAGGCCUUUGCCAUAAGCUCAGGUUUCUUACUUCAGUUAAAAUACUGGUGAAGCAGCUGCAGAGGAGCUUGUUUAGUGUUUAAGGGUGAGUAUACAGUGAACUUGAUAAUUAAUUCUACUUGUAUUUCAAAUAAAUAUAUAGUGGGCUCCAGAAUUAUUGGCACCGUUAAAUAUGUGGAAAUUAUUUUUAUAUAUUACCAAAAUUAAUAAAGUUGUUGACAAGUUUUAUUUUCCAACAUUAAUAAUGCUACAGGAGGCACCCACCCUCCAUGUAAAAAAGAACAUACAACAAUGGGUCUAUUCAUGCAAGCUGAAUAGAUCCACAGCUGCGUGUCCAAAUCUCUGCAAAAGCAUUUCCAAAAUCUGGGGAUGCAGGGGCCAUUCCCUGUUAAGUGUGUUUCCCCAUGACCGCAGAUCCACGGCCCAGUUCAGACUUCCUGUAACAUGGGUCGUGUGACGGAGUGAGUGCUGCUCCAGUCUGUGAGCUAGACAGUGUAGCUGCGGCGAGCGCAUGCCAUUUGCAAUUUCCAUAUGCUACCACUGUCAUGUUGUCGCAGUGCACUAGCGCAUGACAUUCCCUCAAUUAUCUAGAGCUGAGUUCCUCUGAGUGGAUCACGUCCCAUUCAUUCAGGGCUGAGGUGAAGGGAUGUAAUCCAACUCAUUAGCAGGCCUAGUGGCAAAACUGCCUGUGAGGCUGACCCCAUCAAGCCCCCAUCAAAUCUCCGCCUCAAAAGAUCAGGCGUAAACCAAAGCGCAAAGAUGACAGAGACACAGACAGGCUUCCAAGAUGGACUGACAUAAUCACUGCGACAACAAUCACACACUCCCAGAGAAGCAGACAGAGGACCAGAGGAGUUCACACCCCUAAUCAUGGAGCAGAUUAGGGGUGUGAACGUUUAAACAUUUAUAUACAGUGUUACAAUGUUGACAUUUAACGAUGAAGAUGUGCCAAAUUAAAGUUUGAAAAUGCAAUUAUAAUUGUCAGUACAGUUAAAAAUAUAUAUAUAUUAAAAAAAGAUACGACCCUUAGCGGUCAUAAGCAGUUCAUGUUACACGGUUCAGUUGUGGGGCAUGCCCUAGCACCACUGCCCCCCCCCCCCCCACACACACACUUAUUCCAGAUGGGUUAACAUCAAAGGCCAGAUUUUGGGAAGAAUGCAAUCAGACUCCUGUUGCACACCGUGCACGUAAUUUCUAUGUAAUUUCUGUCUGUACUCCUGUAUGUAGCUUUUAUUACCAGGUAUGACUUCUAA